AUGAAUCACUCUUCUUUGGACAUCACAUUGAAAUUCACUUCAUAUGGAUCCUUCCGCCCAUUGAAUUACUUAUUUUUCACACUCACUUUAAUUUUUUACCUCCUCUCAAUUUUUUCUAAUGUUUUUCUGAUGCUGGUAAUUUAUUUUGAAUCCAGCCUACACAAACCCAUGUACAUUUUUCUGUUUAACUUGGCAGUAAACGGACUGAUAGGAAGCUCUGCCGUCUGGCCAAAAGUAAUGGAAAACCUACUUUCAGACACGCAAAUAAGCUCAUUUGUAGCUUGUCUACUUCAGGCAUUUUGGAUCUAUUUCUAUGUGGCUUCUGCGUAUACCACUUUCUCAGUCAUGGCCUAUGACCGAUAUGUCUCCAUUUGCAAGCCUUUGCAGUACCACAGCAUCAUGACUCCAGGGAAAGUGAAAACACUACUGACUGUGGCCAACAUCAUUCCAUUCUCCUGUUUAGUUGUCCGAAUGUAUUUGACUUCCAGACUGCCAGUGUGCAGGUUCACCAUUCACAACCUGAUCUGCGAGAACCUGACUCUCCUGAAACUCUCCUGUGUGAAAAGUGCUCUGGUUAACCUGUAUGGCGUAUGUAUGGUUACAAUCUUAGUUGGUUUCCCUUGUUUCACUGUGCUUCUCUCUUAUGCCAAGAUCCUCACUGUGAGUCUGAAAGCCUCAAAAGAUGCACAAAAGAAAGCACUCAGCACAUGUUCUCCUCAUUUAAUCACCUUCAUUAAUUUUUCCCUGACUAUUCUUCUCUUUGUGAUUUACUUUCGAUACAGUGCAUUUCUACCUGGAGAGGCUAAUAUACUAAUGAUCAUAGAUAUUUUUGUGGUUCCCCCUCUGUUGCAUCCAAUUAUAUAUGGGAUUAGAACACAGGAGAUCAGGAAAUGUGUAGUAAAAAUAGUGAAGAAAAGGCAGAGAUUGUUCCGGAUCUUUUAA